AUGGCAGGCUGGUUCUCUUCAACCUCGCCGCUCGAUGAGCAAAUCGAGCGGGCAACAGCUUCCUCUCUGGAAGACAUUGCCCUCAACCUAGAAAUAUCAGAUAUGGUUCGAUCAAAGAGCGUUCAGCCCAAGGAUGGAAUGAGGUCUUUAAAACGACGACUCGAGAAUAGGAAUCCCAACAUCCAGCUGGCCACACUGAAGUUAACGGAUACGUGUGUCAAAAACGGAGGCACACAUUUCCUGGCCGAGAUCGCGUCUCGGGAAUUCAUGGAUAACCUUGUCUCAUUGCUGAAAUCCGAAGGCGCUCCCCUUAAUGCCGAGGUCCAGGGGAAAAUACUGGAACUUAUUCAGAACUGGGCUAUGGCUGCACAGGGCCGCAUGGAUUUGAUGUAUUUGGGAGAGACAUAUCGCAAGUUGCAGAGCGAAGGAUAUCGGUUUCCACCAAAGACAGAAAUGAGCGGCAGUAUGCUGGAAAGUAGCGCACCUCCAGAGUGGAUCGACUCUGAAGUCUGCAUGCGAUGUCGGACUGCCUUCAGUUUCAUGAAUCGCAAACACCACUGCCGUAACUGCGGCAACGUUUUCGAUGCUCAGUGUUCAAGCAAGACCAUUCCUCUACCACAUCUUGGAAUCCUGCAGCCGGUCAGAGUAGAUGAUGGAUGUCAUGCCAAAUUGACCUCCAAGUCAUUUGCGCCACCAGGAAUUUCGGAUCGAUCCGCAUUCAAAAACAACUCGAUCAGCAAAUCUAACACAAUGGAACCUCGUGCCGGUCAAGCGGAUACAGGAUUCGAUGACGAUCUGCGGCGCGCGUUGCAAAUGAGUCUCGAUGAAGCCGAGGGCAAAGGUUCUUCUGGGUUUGUACCGCAGACAGGCAACGCUCCAGAACCCGCCAAGACUGCUCCAGCACCAGAGGAUGUGGACGAGGAAGAUGCGGAUCUCAAGGCUGCGAUUGAAGCAUCCCUGCGUGAUAUGGAACAACACAAGCAAAACCAUGCGGCCGCAUUGAAGAACGUGCCCACUCCAAGUUCUAUCUUGCGCGAUUCCUCUAGCACGCCCACUCCGUUGCCUAAAAAUCGAUACGAACUAACCCCUGUUGAAACUGAGAAUAUUCAUCUCUUCUCUACACUGGUUGAUCGGCUCCAGCAUCAGCCGCCGGGCACAAUCCUGAGAGAGCCACAGAUCCAGGAGCUAUAUGAGAGUAUUGGUGCGCUUCGACCAAAGCUGGCUCGAAGCUAUGGAGAGACCAUGAGUAAGCAUGAUACAUUAUUGGAUCUCCAUGCCAAGCUCUCUACGGUUGUACGUUACUAUGAUCGGAUGCUGGAAGAACGUCUGACGAAUGCCUAUUCACAACAUAACCUUGGCCAUGGAGCUGUUCCUGGGGCGGCGCAAUAUCCGAAUCUUCAGUCAGGGUUCCCUGCUCACGCUCCCAACGUCCAAAGUGGAGCCGAGAACUUCUAUUAUGGAAAUCAAAUGGACAACUCUCGCCCACCUACUAUGUAUGCACCGCAGCAGAUAAACGGCAACGGGUUUCAAGGUCCACCCAGCGCUGUCCAGAAUUCCGCCUACCCAUCACAACCUCAAUAUGGAGCCCCCACAAAUGAGCCUCACGGUCACAAUUGGGGUGGAAAUACCUACCCGACCCUUGGAUCACCUUCACCUAGCAACGCCAUUCACAAUAACUAUACCAAUACGCCGGCACCAAGUGCCCCGGCUCAAUAUUAUGCAGGAUCGCACGACCCGGACUCAGUGAAGCCACCCGGCGCAGAACCCGCAUACCAGCCGUCGCCCGUUAUGCGCCGGGACUCCCAGUAUCAGGCCAACGCACCUCCCAGCGGUCCUACCCCUGUGCCCGAGCAACAUGCAUCUGCCGGCUAUGUGCAAUCGCCAGGCUAUUCUGUACCGCCUACUGCGCCAUCACUUCAUCAGCAGGAAACUGGCCCUUCUCAGCCUUACUAUUACCAGCCAGAGUCUCAGCCUCAACAGCCCCCUAACACUGUGCCGUCUGCCUACCCCUCAAUUAAUGGUGGACAACCGGGGUCGUAUGCACAGGAGACUUCGCAGCCGCCUUAUCAACAACCAGCACGGCCAGUGGAGGAAAACUUGAUUGAGCUAUAA